AUGAGAUCUCUUGUAGGUGAUGCAUCUCUUGGGUAUGAUUGGGAGCACGGAAGGCGACCCAUAAGAGAUUGGGAAGCGCUUGAGGGAUUGCUUCUUCGACGAUUCCGAUCGUCAAACGGCGGAGGAGAGCGACGGUUGGCGCUCUGGCAGGUUGAAACGCAAACGGAAAUCCAACGGAGCGUAUUAGUGAGGACGGCUCCGUUAAACUUAGGUCAUUACAGAAGUGGGCCUAAAAAGAAUAAUGGGGCCAAAAUGAGAGUGUUGGGCUCGAAGUUGGAUCAGAUAAGAGACUUCGACUCAGGUAUGACAAUCAAUAAAAAAUUAAGCCCAUACCUCAUUAAAUCUACAGCGAGAAAGUUAGCCCAACAUCCGGGCGAGAUACCACCAUAUCGCACCUCCCCCAUUUCUCUGUCGAUCAUAACACAAUCGACAACCUCUCUCUGUACCUUCGCCUCUUUCUUUACCGGGGCACGUACGACGCUGUUGUCGUCAGCGUCGAACUCUUCCAAAAUCUUAGAAGCCAUCUUGACUCUCCAAUGCAAGGAUAAUUUUUCUAGGGAACGAUUGGAGUUGUUUGUAGUGUUGGAAGAUGCAGUAAGUCAUGAUCUUUAUCUUAAUUACCUAAGUUUCAAAAGAGAUGGUACAACUGAUCCUACUCUGUGGAUCUUCCCAGGAUUAGUUUGUCUUCCACAACACUUUCCUGACUACAGGGACACAGCAACACAGUAUUCUAGCUUCGCAAACAAGUAUGGUGGGGCUGGAAUAGCUCUAAUAAAGAGUUUUUAUGUUCCUGUGAAGCAAGAUCAUCUUGAAAUUCAUCUGUUUUGGGCUGGUCAGGAGACUUGCUGCAUACCUGAACAAAGAGAACAUGAUCGUGGGGACUGGAAACUGACUCCACCUGUGAAGACAAUUUACCAAGAGAAUUCCUUGUUGGCUAAUGGGGAGAAGCUCAUAAGAAGUUCACGAGCUGAGGUAGAAUUUGAUGGUGUGUUGGAAAUAUUCAAGGAUAUCAUACAGAAGAAAUGGGCUCUGGUCAAGAUAUUGAUCAAAAAUUCAAAAGCUGAUGCAACAAAGGAAACACCUAUGCUUAUUGUUUAUAAUUCUGUAUCAAUGGUUGAUCUUAAAGCUCACCUGUUCUUAUCCUUAUCAGGUAGGGUCUGUUUUGGUCUUCAAUCUGAUCAAGGAAUGAUCACGUCAUCUGCUGCUAUCAUGACUUCUAGGAUACCCUUGAUGGCAGCAAAGACUAGUCAAAUAGACUUGAUAUUGGUUGGAAGAGGUGCCUACCUUCCACAGAUGAAUGAAAAUGCUGAUAUUGCUCAGUGUGCUUGCAAUAUACCAUUAGAUGAUGAGUCGUCCUUGUCACAUUUGUUGACGGGUAUUGUUGACUUAAGAGCUGUCAUUGACCAAAGAAAGUUUGAUGCUUUGACCUUUGAGACAUUUAGAGUACGUAUAGAGAAGCUUAUUCAGGGGAAGUAUUUGCAACCUUGUGAGAUGUUUGAUCACAAAAAAAUUGAGAUCACAAAUACUGCAAUCGAGGAGCAUGUUGUUGGACAGUUGAAGGAAUAUAAAAGGAAGAAACUAGUUUCAACCACCGAAGAAGAGUUAAAUGUUGAAGAGACUAAAGAGGAACUUACAAGACAUGAGUUUGUCCAAAAGAAAUUGAGGGAUUUACUGAGUACCAGAUGGAUCUAUUCUUCGGUUCACCUUGAGGACAAGGUGAAAGUUUGGGCGGCCCGUAUUGAUAAGCCGCAACUAAUCCUAGAGUGCUUUUAG